AUGGUUUUGGAAGUGCUGAACCCAAGGCAUUAUAACAUCACCAGCAUGGUGACCGAAGUUGCGCCUGUUGCCAGCAUUGCAAUCCUGCUGCUCACUGGCUUUCUUCUCUUGGUUUGGAAUUAUGAGGACACAUCCUCAAUACCAGGUCCUGGCUAUUUUCUGGGAAUUGGGCCCCUCAUUUCCCACUGCAGGUUCCUCUGGAUGGGGAUCGGCAGUACCUGCAAUUACUACAACAAGACGUAUGGUGAAUUCGUGAGAGUCUGGAUAUGUGGAGAGGAAACCCUCAUUAUUAGCAAGUCUUCGAGUAUGUUCCACAUAAUGAAGCACAGUCACUACACAUCCCGAUUCGGCAGCAAACUUGGGUUGCAGUGCAUCGGCAUGCAUGAGAAAGGCAUCAUAUUUAACAAUAAUCCAGCACUCUGGAAAGCCGUUCGACCUUUCUUUACAAAAGCUUUGUCUGGCCCCGGCCUGGUGCGCAUGGUGACCGUCUGUGCUGAUUCCAUCACCAAGCAUCUGGACAGGCUGGAGGAGGUCCGCAACGAGUUGGGCUAUGUGGAUGUGUUGACCCUCAUGCGGCGCAUCAUGCUGGACACCUCUAACAAGCUCUUCCUGGGGAUCCCCUUGGACGAAAGGGCCAUCGUGGUUAAAAUCCAGGGUUAUUUUGAUGCAUGGCAAGCUCUCCUUCUCAAACCAGACAUCUUCUUUAAGAUUUCUUGGCUACGCAGAAAGUAUGAAAAGUCUGUCAAGGAUUUGAAAGAUGCCAUGGAAAUUCUGAUAGAAGAAAAAAGACAGAGGAUUUCAACAGCAGAGAAACUGGAAGACUGUAUGGAUUUUGCUACUGAGUUGAUUUUUGCCGAGAAACGUGGUGACCUGACAAAAGAGAAUGUGGACCAGUGCAUAUUGGAAAUGCUGAUCGCAGCGCCAGACACCAUGUCCGUCUCUGUGUUCUUCAUGCUGUUUCUCAUUGCAAAGCACCCCCAGGUUGAAGAGGCAAUAAUGAAGGAAAUCCAGACUGUUGUUGGUGAAAGAGACAUAAGGAUUGACGAUAUGCAAAAACUAAAAGUGGUAGAAAACUUUAUUUAUGAGAGCAUGCGGUACCAGCCUGUCGUGGACCUGGUCAUGCGCAAAGCCUUAGAGGAUGAUGUCAUCGAUGGCUACCCAGUGAAAAAGGGGACUAACAUUAUCCUGAAUAUUGGAAGAAUGCAUAGACUUGAGUUUUUCCCCAAGCCCAAUGAAUUUACUCUUGAAAACUUUGCCAGGAAUGUUCCUUACAGGUACUUUCAGCCAUUUGGCUUUGGGCCCCGGGCCUGUGCGGGAAAAUACAUUGCCAUGGUGAUGAUGAAGGUCACCCUGGUCACACUUCUGAGAAGCUUCCAUGUGCAGACAUUGCAAGGUCGAUGUAUUGAAAAGAUGCAGAAGAAAAAUGACUUAUCCUUGCACCCAGAUGAGACCAGCAACCUGCUAGGAAUGAUUUUCAUCCCAAGAAAUUCAGACAAGUGCCUCGACCACUAAAAAAGUUUGGUCAGUCCCUGCCCUGGAGCACUUCUCAACAGUAUUCCACAUGGAAACCACCCACCUUUGCCAGGUAGUCCUCCUCCCAUGAACAACUGUGGCCUCUGGCCUUUUAUACACUUACCUCCUGUGGGGUGUCAGAGGGAGCCGGGAGAUGCCGGUCAUCUGAGCGCAUCCAAACCAGAAACCAGACUGCAGGAGAAAAUACGGAGGCCAAGAUUUGUGCAGGAAACUGCAGCCCUAAAAGCCCAUUCCACAAAACAUGCUUUGGGAAAGACAAGCCAUCAGCAAGACUCACGCCCGACUCCUCACUGUCCUGCACUGAGAUGGGAGCUUUGUAAUGACUGGGGCAGAAGCACUCAAGUCAAUUACAAAGGCCAGGCCAACACUGGGUACCUAGGGCUAAACACACCCACUAGUGUGAAUAAAGGGCUUUUGAUUUUGUUUUCGGUGGGUUGGGGACCGCAAUAUUCACACCUUUGGAGAAAUGCUUACAAAUUCAGCAUGUGACUUUUCCUAUGAAUUAUAUUCAAUUAACUCUUGUUUAUCCACAUGUGAUUUGUCUGUGGCAAAAGUUAAAUUGAAGACUACCCUUUCCCAAUCUCUCAAUUUAUUCCUCAGCCAUUUACCUCUGAUACAAUAGGUGUAGAUUCAGGUAAUACAAGUAACUUAUUAAUAGCCUGAGUAAAAUAUAUAAUUAGUACCAUUUAUCUGCUGUAGGAAAAAAAAUUCACACAGUGCAUUUCAAAUUAAAAUAAAAUUCCUUUUUUCAUGUUUGCAUUGUUGCUUAGCUCCAGGAGUACAGUAACUAAGAAAUAACUUCAGGUAACGGCAUCUAUUAAUUCUUACCACAGCUUCAGUGAUUUGGCGGAGGGAAGUCUCUGAAUCUAUAUCUAAUUCUACAACCCAGUGAGUUCAAACUUCUAAGGAGUGCUCCUCAUAUACCAUAAUCCUUCUCCCUCAACAUUUCUCCCCCUCUCUUUCUUUUCAUAACCCCAAAAGCCAAAAGCAACAGAUCAGUAGAGAACAUGGCUAGGGUAGAACCCCUGCAAUCACAUUUUAUCCUACCUCAGAUUUAACAGUUACCUUAGAGAUCUAACAUUUAUCUAGUUUAUUGGAUCACUAUAUAGCCUUGGAAAAAUGCACACCUUGGAAUUUUCUGUCCAGGGCGAAUCAAGUAGAUGAGUGAAAUUUCCAAAUACUACUUUCCUUGUGUUAUACUGACAUCACUAUAAGAGUGUAUCUGCUGAAUGCCACUUAAAAACGAAAAAAACUAAACUCAUUUACAAACAUGUAAAUGUUUUUCAUUGAGUCAACCUGAAUAUUCUUCUUAUCCUGCUGCUUUGCAAUAGGGCAACAGCUGAGUAUAAAAUGAGAGUGCAAACUCCUGAGAGUGGGAGGUCUUUUCUUUCUUUUGGAAUCCACGCCCGUCCCCCAUUCUUUCUCCCCAUAUUUACUUUCAAGAUCAACACUGAAUUGACACUCUGGCUCAGAGAUACUCUAACUGACCCAGAAACUAAGUAAAGGGGAGGCAGGUGUCCUAAGAAUUCAAGGAUGGGCAUUAGUAAAGAAGCCAAUAUUUGAAAUUGGAAUUAUCUGGAUCAUCUAUAUGAUGUAAACAUAUGUGAAAAUACAUCUGUGUAUCUGGAUAUGUCUGUAGUCAGGUCUAGAUGAGUAUCCAAUCAAUUCAGAUCCCUGAAAGAAAAGCAAGGAUUUUAGACUUAGUGUGUCUUCGUUAAUUCACCUGGUGAUUAUUAACAAACAGUUUACUUUGUCCUUGGCUGGAGCUGCACAGUAGAGAAAAACAGACUUUGGACCAGUG